CUUUUACAAAAGAACAAAAACCAUCGUAGAGCUGCAUUGCAAAACGUACAAUCUUCAGUAUUUGGUCAUGAAAAAUUACCACCCCUUAAAAGCAUUGCUAAUGCAGUUAAAAUAAUUUGA